GUGGUGAAGACCCUGUCUUGCGGCACAAGUUUGUGGCUCUGACUUUGCAGACGUGAAGUGCAAUCCAGUGCUCAACAAUUGAGCUUGUGUUUCUCUCUUGGCCGAUAGUGAUGGUUUAGAUCAAAAUUGAAGUCAUGCUGGAUAAAAAUGGGCUGCCUUUGCAGUUUCCACCUUCGGCCUUCUCGGCUUUUGAUCCACGUAGUGCGGCCGCAAUGUGGGAUGCUCGAUUAACGCAUCCCGGAUUCAGUGGCGCCCAUCAAGCCGGAGCUGCAGGUUUGGGACAUCACAGUGCCAUGGACCAUGCGGCAUUGCUAGGCUUCCCUCCCAAUCCUCACUCUAUCAGCCCCAGUUACCUAAGUGCUCUUCAUCAUUCGCCCACGGCCUCAUUGAGGCUAUCGGCGGCCGCGGUGGCCUCCGGACAUCAAGAGUAUCUUAAUGCAGCGGCGCAGCGAUUGAACGAGCUCCAAGCCUCUGCUGCUUUAUUAGAUCCCUUGGCACUUGAAGGUGAGUAAUUCAGUAAUCGAAGAUCUGUCUCCAUCACCUUUUUCUUUGCCUCAUGUUCAACUUUCGUGUUAGGACCUUGUUCUUCACAUUGACAGACGGAGGCAUCGAGCUGGCACU